AUGAUAAAAGACCAUGUGUCGCUGAAUUUCGACACUGUUUUGUUGACGGGUCCAAUACAGAAGUACAGUUGCAGAAGUUUUUAUCGAAGGUGUUGGAGACAAUUAUCAAAGUUACAGAAAUUAAUUUUUUACCUGUUGACUAGCGUAAUAUUAAUUUCGCUACUUCUGUGGUUCAUUGGAACUAGUAGAAAUCUCGAAGAAUUAUCUGAAACCAAUUCUCUUAAGUUACCACAACCAACUAUUUGGCCCCAGGAUAAUAUUAAAUUGAGUUUACCAAAUGAUGUAGAUGCUGUGAAGUUGAAUGAAAUUGAUGAUGUUGAACCUUCAGAUCAAAAAGAACAAAUAGCCGCACCGGCAUCUAAUGUUGCUGCAAAUCCUGGUGAAGGUGUUCAGUUUAUGCCAGCAACAGGUCAUAGACAAACCGCAGUUCUAAAUGCAUUUAAACAUGCAUGGAAGGGAUAUUGCAGUUAUGCCUGGGGACAUGAUCACGUAAAACCCAUAAGUAGGAAGUACCAAGAUUGGUUCAAUCUAGGAUUAACCAUUGUGGAUUCAUUAGACACACUAUGGAUAAUGAAUUUAAAAAAAGAAUUUGAUGAAGCUCGUGAAUGGGUUAGUACCAGUUUUAACCUUGAUCGUUAUAAAGAUGUCAACCUUUUUGAAACUACAAUUAGAGUGUUGGGUGGAUUUUUAAGUGCUUAUCAUUUGUCGGGAGAUUCAUUGUUUCUCGAUAAAGCUUUAGACAUUGGUUCACGACUUAUGCCAUGUUUUACAAAAUCUCCAUCACCAAUACCAUAUUCUGAUGUAAAUCUUAUCUCUCACAUGGCCCAUUCACCCAAAUGGAGCCCAGAUUCAAGCACAGCCGAGGUAUCUACCAUACAAUUAGAAUUUAGAGAUUUAUCAAGGUCUGCUGGUACACAACAUUUUGAAACUGUUUCAUUCAAAGUAUCUGAACAUAUUCACACAUUAGAAAAACCUAAUGGACUUGUGCCUAUCUAUAUAAAUCCAAACACAGGCAAAUUUCAUAGAGGGUCUGAGAUUAAAAUUGGUGCUAGAGGUGAUAGUUAUUAUGAAUAUCUUUUGAAACAAUGGAUCCAAACUGGAAAAUCAAUUGAUUUUUUGAAGGAUGACUAUUUGGAAGCUAUUGAUGGUAUAAUCACACAAUUAGUGAGAACAUCGCCCAAAAGAAAUUUAACAUACAUAGGUGAACUGAAGGCUGGAUCACGCAACUUUCAUCCAAAGAUGGAUCAUUUGGUAUGCUACCUGCCGGGCACAUUAGCACUUGGAGUUCAUUAUGGUAUGCCUUCUAGUCAUAUGAGAUUGGCUGAAAAACUGAUGGAAACAUGCUAUCGUAUGUAUGCUGAUCAACCAACAUUUUUAUCCCCAGAAAUUGUGUAUUUUGGUACUAAAGUGGAUGUUAAUCAAGAUAUGUAUGUUAAUAUAAAUGAUGCACACAGUCUAUUACGACCAGAAUUUGUUGAAAGUCUUUGGUACAUGUAUCAAAUAUCAGGCAAUACUACAUAUCAGGAUUGGGGUUGGCUAAUAUUUCAAGCAUUUGAACGACAUACUAAAGUAGCUGGAGGUUUUACAUCCAUUGGCAAUGUGUUAGAUCCAGAAGAUACACGUCCGCAGGACAUGACUGAGUCAUUCUUUUUUGCAGAAACCCUUAAGUAUUUAUAUUUGUUAAUGUCUGAUGAUCGACACAUGUUAUCCAUUGAUAAGUAUGUGGUUAACAGCGAAGGGCAUCCAUUGCCAAUUAAUAACCGGUAA